AUGUGCUUGGCUGCAAAACGACAUUCAGUGCCGGUGUGUGUUUGCGCUGCUUUUUACAAAUAUAUGCCAUUGUUUCUGUCGGAUGUGGAUCGAGUGCUGGCUUCCGGAUCCGUGACAAAUGUUAGCCCGUUUUCGGAAGCGACUGAUUUGGAGGAUGUUGCGCAACUGGUCAAUCCGGUGUUUGAUUUAAUCCCAGCUGAGCUCAUCUAUCUCUACAUAUCACAUACAUCCUCAUUUACGCCCUCGCACGUCUAUCGCUUCAUUGGGGACUAUUAUUGUCCGGAUCUGAUCGGUCGUAUUUCAUUGUAA